UUACAAAAUAUCUUCUCUUACAGCAUGGGCACUCCAACCCCCCAGGGAACCAGCUUCUCAAUAUGAACCAUUACGCCACCAAGAAGAGUGUGGCGGAGAGCAUGCUGGAUGUGGCACUCUUUAUGUCCAAUGCCACGAGGCUGAAAGUGGUGCUGGAGCAGGGGCCGUCCUCGCAGUACUACACCACCCUCAUCACCCUCAUCAGUGUCUCUCUGCUCCUGCAAAUAGUCAUUGGCAUUCUUCUUGUGGUCAUUGCCAGGCUGAACCUGAAUGAGGUAGAAAACCAGUGGCGUCUAAACCAGCUCAACAAUGCUGCCACCAUGUUGGUCUUCAUCACUGUGGUCGUCAACAUUUUCAUCACUGCUUUUGGGGCACACAAGACAGGCUCAAUGGCUGCCAGGACCUCCAGCAAUCCUGUUUAAUCCCUACCUAGAUCCCAGGUGA